UCACUUUCAGCUCUGACCACCUUCGGUCUUUUAAAAGGUCGUACACAUGUUCAAUCUCAGCGACAAGUUCAGCGCGGACGGAAAGCCAUUGAGCAACCACGGAGGACUUUCCUCACUGACCGGGAGCCAAACAGGUUACCCAUGGUCUCGCUCCCUUUCCCCAUUUCGUCUCGCUUCUGUUUUUUUAUGCUCGUACAGUGGCCAGAACAACAACGACGGGCUUUCCGGAAAAAGUGGUGCCACAAAUCAAGAUUGUUGCUAUCGUUUCGUACAGCCUGGUUAAGGUGUCAGUUUUGAACAAUGGGUUCGAAAGACGAAAACGGGUUGAGUGGAGCAUACGACCUCGGAAAAUGCGAUAUCGAAGAUCUGCUCUUCAAAGUCUUGGUGGUCGGUGACUUUGGUGUUGGCAAGACCUCUUUAAUUCGGCGGUACACAGAAGGUAUGUUUCAUCAAAGUUACAAGAUAACCAUCGGUGUUGACUUCUCCGUGAAAGAACUAGUGUGGAAUAAUAAGAAACAUAUCACGCUGCAACUAUGGGACAUCGCGGGACACGAACGUUUUGGUCACAUGACUCGUGUGUACUACAAAUAUGCCACAGCAGCUAUUAUUGUCUACGAUUUAACACGGCCAGCAACGCUACAUUCCGUGCUGAAGUGGCAACGUGACCUGUGGGAUAAAGUGGAGCAUCAAAACGGAUUUCCUAUCCCUGUCAUACUGAUCGCGAACAAAUGCGACCUCGGAUGCGUCGAUCCCAGAACACUGUCAGCUUUCUGUCAAGAACAUGGUUUUGCAGGAUGGCUCUUCACAUCGGCCAAAGAGAACAUUAAUAUAAACGAGGCGAUGAAUUUCCUAAUUGAGCGCAUCUUGCUGCUUCGUGAAGAAGAUAGGAUGAUGGGUAUGCGGCCCUCUGACCCGUCCAUUCGGAGCUUGACACUGCCACCUAAAAAUCCACAGAAGAAAAAAUCUCUUUGUUGUCGCUAAUCAUGUUCAUCGUUUAGCCAUGUCAGGAGGUGAAGGAGGUACUAUCAUCAUAUUUUUCUUUUUAUUGUGCCCGAUAUUAAGCUUUACACUCACUGUUGCAAAGUUGACGAUUCUGUCCCAGUGAUUUAUCCAGACGGCUCCUACAGCCACAGAGAAAUCGGCAUCGCGAAUACCGAAACUCAUCCGCCUCUGACGUCUGCGGCGUGAGAAGGGUCACGUGCUUACGAUUACCAAUGGCAGUAGCUCACGUACCUGUGACGUCAGUGCUUGGCGCUCAAUGUGGAGCUCUUGUUCUUCUUCAAUACUCUGACAUGCAAUGCGUUCGUGAUGCACAUGUAUCGGAAGUAUCGCAGCCACGGAACAAUCAAUAAGUCAGGCAAUCAGCAAUAAAUCAGUCGUCUGCACAGGGCCCAGUAAAUUUUGCAUUGUUAGCUGUAAUCACUCAGCCAAAGGGAAGAUCGCCGCGUUGCGCAUGCUUGGUAUGCAGCAGUUUGUAUUGGAAUGGAUCUUAACUUCUGUUAUGCACUUUACUUACGAAAUUUCAGUAGUAGAGUCAGACUUCGCAACCUGUUUUUGGUCGCAUUGGGUGCCUUUUUCUACAAACCAAAAUGUUGUUAGAUAUUUCGCAUUCCAUUAGAAAUUACUUUUGGGGUUAUGGUCUACUUGGAACACAUGCUCAUAUUAGGUGGAAUUUGAUGAGUGCGUCAAAACUGACAGGCACGUAUGCUCUGUGAUAUUGCUGCAAUGUGUUGCCGUCCAGCUACUUCAAUAUGUAUUUACUUGCACAGUUUUGGCGCUUAUAUUUGUACCUCAUGUCGGCUGUCAGUAUUACACUGAAUGUGUGAGAACCUUCCCUGUAUUAGAAUGGCUAGACUGUUCGUCGAGUGUUCAUUCACAUAUCAUUGAUGUCCGAUGAUGCUGGCAUCAUUGUUGCAUGUUUUUACAUGUUACAUCAUUGUAUAUGUUACAUUUUUGAAGUGCGCUGGCGUACUUCCAUUUUUAUGACGUUUUUUGGCUGUUUUACGAAGCCGUGUACGCUUAUUAUUUUACUUCGGGGAAUAAAAAAAAAUGGUUGCUCAAUUCCA